GUACAUAUUUUUGUGGAAAACCAAACGUCACCAAAACCAUCCAAAACCCUUUUUCGAGGAACUUCCAUUGUUGUUGUUUCAAAGAAGAGAAGAACUUUUCAGUGCUUUUGCUUCUUCUUUUACUCUCCGUCCCAACGCUAUUCUUCUGUUAAUAAUAGAAUUCAGUGUUGUCACUUUGAAUUCUAUGCUUCUGUUAUUAAAUUAGUUUAACUGAGUGUUCUGUUUUUCCUCAAACAUCACCAUGGCGCGGCAAGAAAAGUCGUCUACUUUUGAGAAGAAAAUUUUGUCAUUAAAAGCUCGAAUUCGUUAUCUAAUCCGCCGCUAUGGGGCCCUGACUUUCAUUGCUGCAUUGCUUGUAAGUUACAAAUUUAUGGAGAUCACGGUGUUGUCAAUAAUGAUGGAAUAUCUCACAGAGAUACUUAAAAUGCAGAAUCAACGGGUAGCUGCUAUUGUCAUAAAUCUUGGAGAUGCUUUAUCAUCUCUCUUUUUCGUUGUUGUUUCUCUAAUCUCGCAAACGUACACGGGUUCUUUCACUAUGAUCACAUUGUGCGCUGCAGCUUCCAUCGAGGUACAUAAAUUCUCAGUUCUGUAUUAUUGUUAGAAUGAGGAGAUAAAAGAAAUUUAGU